GUUGUGAUGAUAAUAUUAACUGCUCAUUUCACAAAAGUAUUCAGUCUUAACUUAUCGAUGCACCGUGUGGCCUCGCAGCGGGGACAGUGACACGAUGCUCGUGCACGCCAAGACUUCUUCAGAGUGGUGGUGGGCAGAGCUGCAGGGGAUCGCAGGGUAUGUCCCCGCCUGCUACCUGCGCCGCUGCAUGCUGCCUGCUGCUGAGGAAGAGGAGGAGGAGGACACCUCUCUGGAGGACCCAUGGCAAGAUGAGGAAUACUUUGGCCGUUAUGGGACCCUGAGGCUUCACUCGGAGCUGCUGUCAGAUAGAAGGCGCACUGAGGCGUACAGGCAGGUUAUUCUCAGCAACAGCACUCCUCUGAGGAAUAAGGUGGUGAUGGACCUCGGCUGUGGGACUGGCAUCAUAAGCCUGUUCUGCGCUCAGCUGGCACGCCCCUCACAGCUGUUUGAUGUGGAGGCGAGCUCCAUGGCCAAGUACACCAGACAGCUGGUGAAGCAGAACGGCUAUGAGGAGGUGGUGACGGUGCUCCAGGGAGGAGCUGAGGAUCUACCAGAGCGGGUGGACAUCCUGGUGUCUGAGUGGAUGGGAAACUGCCUACUGGUAAUAACACAACAAGGUAUAAUGUUUGAGUUCAUGGUGGAGUCAGUUCUGCUGGCCAGGGACCACUGGCUUAAAGAAGGCGGCGUAAUGUGGACCUCAUCCGCAGCCCUCACCCUGGUGCCAUGUCAGGCCAACAGCUAUUACGCAGAGAAGAUGGCCUUCUGGUAGCAGCCCUAUGGACUGGACUGUACUCCUCUUCAAUCCAGUGUGACUGAUCCACCAGCAGGCAGCUGGUCUCAGGCAGCAACUAACUGGCGUCUUUUUUCAAUAGUCACCUCAUCGACCCCAGCGACUGCCUCGCGGCUCCCUGUGAUGCCCUGCUCCUGGACAUGUACACUCUGGAGAUCAAAGACCUGGAGGUCAACGCACUGGAAGCAGACUCUGUUCAUGCUGGACCGGCCCGUCAGAAUUUUGGAGGGAGACUCCAUCGCUGGAACCAUCGUCCUGCGCAGGAACCCCGUCUGGAGACGGCACAUGACCAUCACCCUGCACUGGAGUAUUAACAGCAGCACGGGGGGAACGGAAAAGGGCCAGGCAAACAUUUAUUCUUCACUUUGAAAUCUCUCUUUAUUCAUUAAACAU